UUCGUGUCACAACAUCACCGAUCUGUGACCCGCAAAAGUCCAACUCCAGGACCCGAGGACAGGACCAGAGGACGGGACCAGAGACACCGAGAGCACCGAGCGGCGCUGACGGGACCACGGGGACUAUUUAAAGGCGUUUUAGUCCAGAAGCAGCCUGUUUAUUACGCGGAUAUCUGGAGCUAGCCUCAGUAGCCAACAGGUGAACGUUCCCCCGCCGCCGUUGUGUAAAAGCUCGGCGUGUUUCCAAGGUCGUCGCGGGUGAAGGAGCUCCCCGGGUCAAUAAUCACUGAACAUCGGUGUGAAAAACGCGUAAAAUCCCGUGUCUUCACCUUAUAACUACAGCCGAGUCCCAGCGAGUCGGAUCGAGCUGCGCUGCGCCACUUCCUGGUGUCGUUCAUUCGAGGUCAUCGGCACCGACCGCCGCGCUCUUCCACCGCCGGGACCCGGGCACAGGCAUGAAGAGUCUACCGUACUUCUGCCGCGGGGAGGUGGUGCGAGGCUUCGGCAGAGGGAGCAAGGAGCUGGGCAUUCCCACCGCCAACUUCCCCGACUCUGUGGUGGAGCACCUGCCCGCAGACAUCAGCACGGGCAUCUACUACGGCUGGGCCUGUGUGGGCUCCGGAGACGUCUACAAGAUGGUCAUGAGCAUCGGCUGGAACCCGUACUACAAGAACACCAAGAAGUCCAUGGAGACUCAUGUGAUCCACACGUUUAAAGAAGACUUCUACGGGGAGGUGCUGAGUGUGGUGUUGGUCGGAUACAUCAGACCAGAACGAAGCUUCGACUCUUUAGACGCGCUGAUCUCGGCCAUAAACGGCGACAUCGAGGAGGCCAAAGUGAAGCUGGACCAACCCGAGCACCUCAAACUCAAGACCGACAACUUCUUCAGCAGCGCCCCCCACAGCCCGUCCGCCGCCACUACAGCCGGGAACAGCAGCAUCAUCAACGGACACUGACCACCACCCUCCUCCUCCUCCUCCUGACCUCGACCGCCGCCGUGGCUUUACUUUCAGACGUUUCCAUGGCGACGAGCACUCACCUGCAGCUGACGGUUUUGUUCAUGUUUUCGGACCUUUUUUUCAGGAAAUGAUCCGCGAAUAUAAAUGAGAACUGGAAUCAGAUCUUUUUCAUGGUGUUCAGUGAUUUGAAAAUGUAAAUUAUUAUUUCACAUUUUGUUCAUUGUAAACUGUGUUUUUUUUUUUUUUUUAAUUAAAUUAAACUGGUCCUUUUGA